ACUAUCCCUAAACUGCUAACAUUUUCUAUGUGUGAAUGAAAAAAGCAGCACAGAAAACCCGUUGCACUCUCUCAGAUGAAACAAUUACGCAAUUUGAACUACAUUUGUUUGACAGUGACUGUUAAAAAUAGCCGGGGACUUCUGUCAGCUCAAUAGCCAAUUAGACGCGACGUAAACAAGUGACGUGUCAAGAGAGCACGCGAUCCGGGGCCGGGCUCGAGUCUUGACUACUUUCGCUUUUAGCUCAAUAGGCAGUCAAAUGCUCUUUGCGCUACAGACAGUGAAAUAUGGCUCAGCAUAGUCAUUUAAAGAUUAUUGAUGAGAAGGACCUGCGAGAUGUAGUUCUGGUGAGAACGAGCGUAGGCGCCUGUUUGCGAGGACAUUUCGGGAGAACUGGAGGCAAAGUGGCUGUCAAGUUAAUCAAGGAUAGUAAAUGGAUUGACAGGUUAAAGAGAGCAGGGAUGUUGGGGCAGGUGUGUUGCGAGCAAGUACUCAUCCCGCUGGGUGUGUGCACAUCACACUCUCUAGUUGGUCUGGUUUGGGAUUGGAUGCCUGAAGGAUCUCUAGAUUCUCUGCUGCAUGAGACGGACCUGUUCCCAGAGCUUUCAACAGCUCUUUGUCUACAGAUUCUAUUGGAUGUUGCUGAAGGUUUAGCUCAUCUGCAUGCUGCUUCUCUGCUGCAUGGAGCUCUGAAAGCCACUAAUGUUCUUCUUGACCAACAUUACCGUGCUAAGCUGAGCGACUGGUGUCAAGAGAUGGCCAUGGGAUUGAACAGCUCUAAUAGCCGUGGGCCAUGUUUCAGAGAUCUGGCAUAUGUGUCGCCUGAAGUCAUACUAGGUGCUGCACCUUCUGUGGAGGCUGACAUGUAUAGUUUUGGGGUUCUGCUAUGGGAAACACUAAAUAGAAAGCGACCAUGUGAAGGUAUUGAUCAGCUUCAGAAUCAGUUGGAGCUUGGUUUAGGGGUUGACCUUUUGCCACCCACGACCCCUCAAAAUCAAUCCCUUACCCAAGUUAUCACUAGAUGCUUGAGUGGUGAACCUCAAAAACGCCCUUCGGCAAAGGAGUGUGCAGUGGUUCUCAGGACAACAUUGGCAGCGUUUAAUCCUCAGACUGUCACGGAAGCUGUUCAUCAUCUGAAAACAUGCAAGGAGAGGAGGCUGCUGAGCUGUAAAAUGCAGUCAACCUGGGAGUUGCCUAUUGAGCUACAUAACCUCGGAGACAACAGUUGCCAAGGUACCACAAAAAAAUGGACCUCCAAGGUGAUUCCACAGCAUCAAACUCUACCCGUGUCUUCACCGAAAGCAAAAAGAGAGGCUUCUCUGUCAAUAACAAUAAGAGGCUGUUCUCAGACCAGAUGCUGCAGGGACUCAGGAAAAAGCUCAGUCCAUUCUAAUAACCCCUGGCAAGAUUAUGGUAAUGGAAAUCAUGGAGUUCAGAGACAAAGUCCUACAUCUUUAAGAUCACCAUGUGUUUCUCCUACAUCGCGAUUCCUGAGCAACUCACAACACAACACGGGCAACCAAGUCAAAUGUCAGCUGUCUGCGGGAAAGAGCUGUUGCCGACUUCUGCAAGAGAGACGAGAGGCCAUUGUUCGCUACAUGACCGAAGGACGUUUCAACAACCUCCUGGACGUGUUGAGGGCUCGACAGGCUGUGACCCGUGAGACGUACGAGAUCAUCACUGCGGCCCUGACCUUGACGGCACGCACGCGUUGUUUGCUUGAUAUCUGCGUCUGCCUUGGUGAAAACGUUGCCAUCUUGGUGGCCUCAACUUUAGGAUUAGUAUCCACUGAAAAUGCUCAGACCACCCAUAGGUGGCAGGCUGGCUAACUUAUGCUAAACAAGACCUCUGGUUUACAGUUGUGCACAAGCUGCACGAGAUACAAUUGAUAUCAGAUUGAUAUUAGAUGUUUUAUGGCAGUAUGAAAUGUCAUUAUUAAUAUGAGAGAUUUCUAGCACGUGUUUUUGUUUGGAAUGCUCCAUAAUGGAACAUAAGAAAAGAGUUUAAACUCUCUCGAUGGUUAUGCUGCAAUGCAGUUUUAAAUCUAAAAAUCUCAUCAAGUUAACACCCAUUCUGAUGGUGUCAUUGUUUCUCAGUUUGCAAACUGAAGGGAUUAUUCCAGUGCCUUUGAACAUGAUGUUCUGAUGAACGGUCAAGAACUGGUUUGAUUACAUUCCUUUGUCUGAGGAGUAGAAGAAAAGCAGCAGCACAAAAGCAGAUUAUUUACAAGAGACUUUAUGAAGGAUUUGGCUGUUUCCCUUAAUCAUACUCACUUCACAGCAUUCACUUUUAUGGUUGUUGUAAAAUAUUGUUAAUAUCUUUUGUUAUGAUUCAUGUCAUUCAAGUUAUUAUUGAUUUUUUUUCCACAAAAAUGGUUAUUGUUUAUAUCUCACAAUUCAGACUUUUCUCCAAAUGUAAACAAACAAAAAAACUUCUGAAUUUGUUCUUGCAUUCGUGAGUUUCUGUCUCACUUGUUCAGUCACACUUAGGGUAAUCUCACAAAGUGCAAGUGUACAUCUUGCAGGUAAAAAUUCAGGAGUGUGAGAGCAUAUAAACCAGGAAUCACCAAGCUUGUUCCUGGAGGUCCGGUGUCCUGCAGAUUUUAGCUCCAACCCUAAUCAAACACACCUGAACAAGCUAAUCAAGGUCUUACUAGGUAUACUUGAAACACCCAGGCAGGUGUGUUGAGGCAAGUUAAAGCUAAACCCUGCACGGCACCGAACCUCCAGGAACGAGAUUGGUGACCCCUGAUAUAAACUUACAAUUGUGAGAAAUUAAAUCAUGUAAUCGAGAUGGAAACUACAUGCUUAUAAAAAGUCAGAACUGUGAUGUAAUAGCAUAGACUUAUGAGAUAUAAACUUUAAUUUCAAGGUCAUUUCACAACCUAUUAAGAUUAGAUUCUUUAACCAGACAUGUGUUAUUGGUAUAGCCAAAUGUAUCUUGUGUUUUUGCAUGUGUGUGUAUGUGCUACACAUUUCUGAUGUUAUACUGUGCAUGUUGCACAACAGACUCAGUAGUUUCUGGUUGUAGUGUAUCUUGCAACAAGACAUUAUUUUUUAACUGAUAACAGUGGUGCAGUAUGUAUACAGCAAGAAUAGAAAUAAAAUAUUCACAAUAUGUCAUGAAAUGUUCACACUGUUUUGUGCAUUUGGCCUUUACUUCGAACACUUAUGUACGAUUCUCUUCUAAGAGAACAGUAUUAGUACACAGGUCAAUACCAUGCCACAUUCCUCCGCACAGACUGUCUAAUUGCAAAGAUGAUCUGCAGACUAGUAAGUUUUAACGGACAUGUACAGUAGGCGCAUUUACUCACAUUGCAAUGCGAGAGGUGAAAUUACUUUGACAUGAAAAAAAGCUGCUUCAGCAAAGUCUUUGGAGGUUAUAUGCAAUGCUACAGAAUGUUUUGUCAAUUUUGUGUGUAAAUAUUGCAAAUAAAACAACAAAAAUAAACUAUGUAUUAUUUUUAUACA